AUGGCAGAUUUUCAGAUUCCGAAGAAAUUAGUAUCGGAUUGGGAACCUAGCAAUUUAAUUAAUCAGCGAGUUCAGGCUGAUUCCGUUUGCAAGCCCCGGAAACUAAAUUCUGAUAGCCUACCGGAUAUGAAAUGGUGGCUACAUGUGAAGAGUAAUAUGGAGUGUGAAGGAAAUUAUGCAUGCAAGACUGAGGAGUUUGGUGCCUUCUACACGGAAUUUCUUGAUGGAAAUGUUAAGAAUGGUGAAGAUCAGUCUGUUAUUGACUUUGAUGCUCUUUCUUAUAUUGGAAGUGAUAAUUUAUCGGUAGACCAGCCGCGGAAUGUAUCUUCUACGUGUAUGAAAAACAAUAACAAUAGCAGGAUGCGGAAAAUUGAGGCUUCGUUGAAUAAUGAUUUACAUUUUAGUCCCAAGAAGAAAGAUCGGAAGGAGUUUGGAUUUUCGGAUGGUCAUUUUAUGGACUGCGAUGUUUCUGAUUUCUCGGUAUCUGAGAAAAUGGAAACAUGUUUGAUUGGAAAUGAGAAACCUGGGCCUUGGUGGCGCAAUGCUGGAAAAGAUGAGUUGGCUUCUUUGGUUGCUCGGAAGUCACUUGAAAAUGUGGAAAAUUGUGAUCUCCCUCAUCCUCAGCCUAAGCAUUUUGGACCGAGAUUCUCAAAGGGUGUUGAUUGUAACAAGAUAAAAUCAUCGUCUAUAAACCUGAAAGCCGAGACUUGUUCUUCCAAUGCUGAUGGUUAUACAUCUGGAACACCUAAUUCUGGCUGUUCUUUUCAGGAUUCAAGCAGUCAUUUCAGUUCUGGCCAGAGCAAAGAUUCUGGUUCAAGCAACAAAGAUUGUCAAAUAAAUUCUCAGAACAGCAGCAUUACCGAGCUGUUAGAAGCAUUGUGUCAUUCUCAAACAAGAGCAAGAGAGGCUGAGAAAGCAGCGCAACAAGCGUACAAUGAGAAGGAGCAUAUCGUGAGUCUUUUCUUUAAACAGGCUUCUCAGCUCUUUGCAUACAAGCAGUGGUUCUACAUGCUGCAGCUUGAGAACCUCUGCCUUCAACUCAGAAACAAAAACCAACCAUUACUGAAUCUCUUUCCACAAAGGGGAAAGCACUUUAAGAAAAAUCAUGGCAGAGCUGAAAAGAAAAAGAGUAGUGACAGAAAAUGUGGAAUUAGAAAAUGCGUUGUUGCGAUUGCGGUGGGUUUAAGUCUUGUUAGUGCAGGUUUGCUUCUUGGUUGGACCAUGGGAUGGAUGUUUCCUUCAGUGUAA